AAUAGUGAAAGAGACGAAGAGUGAAAAUCAGUCAAAACGGCAACACUCCCUUUAUGAUGAUUUCAACACUAGAAUUUUGGCAACCGCUUCCACAGGCAGCACUUUACAUGACUCCUAUUAUAUUUUGAAAACAAACCGUAUGUCGAUCGUUGGAUUUGUUUAUCAAACGAUGCGCAUUUCGAAACAAAGAGAUGAAAUAAUUCUAAAGCUUGUUUUUACUCAUACAUAUAUUCUAGAAUGCACCUCACAAUCACGAUUGAACCAAAUUCUGACGAAAAUUGAAAUUUCUUUUUUAAUAGAUGUACAAUACUUAUCUCCUCCAACUCAGGCAUGAGUAAUGUUUAUUUACAUUGCACGAUUGGUCUGCUCAAUAAGGUAUUUUUGGCUUCACACUAUUCGUCUCUUUCCCUAUUCUCUUUGCUUUUGAUAUGUUUGUCUAGAAAUGUUUGGAGCCGUUCACAGCCUACUGAUCCCAAAGAAGAAUGAGGAAAAAAGAACCAACAAAACAAAUCCAACGACGACCCUGCGCUGCUGCUGUCGCCCGUCGUCGUCGUCGCUGGGUUCGCGUAUAGAAGCAACACACAGUCGAAUUUCGCUGAUAGCCGCAAUGUUCUCCGGACGACAUUGUAUAUAGGCGUGCGGUGUUGUGGCAACAUCAUCCGUCACACUAUGAUAAUUGCGUAAGCUGCAGACGGAGCGGAGCGGCGGACCUUCCCUGGCGAAGCCGAAGAAGGUCAACGGGAGUUUACGCGGUUACAAUUGAACACCACCGGAGGAUCAGUUUCAAGCGAGAGUUCAACCGGUCAGUACACAAAAUGUGGUUACGCGUUGCCGUCCUGGUGAUUGCGGCAUCUUUGUCCGAUUGCUAUGAUACGGAGGAAGAUUUGAUCAGUGUCGUGAUUAAUCCGAGAAGUGUGAUCAACUACAUCAGCCAGGAGUUUGUGGGAUUUUCGGCCCAGCCGAAGAGUGUGUUUGAAGAAUCGGUGAAUCCUAUCAGUGAAACGAGCUUCCACAUGGCUCGCAAUUUGGGUCCGAUGUAUGUCAAAGUGUUUGGUGAUGCCGAUCAGCUGGAACUUAAUAUGGCUGGGUCCGGUGAGAUGGGUUCCGACACGGAUCUGAUUCAGCUGACUCCGAACGGGUGGAAGGCAUUUGACGAGUGGGCAGAGCUGGCCGGAGUGAUUCCGGUUUUCGUGCUGGAUUACAGCGGUGAAUGCUGGAAGCCAAAAACGGCUCUGAAGCUGUUGACCGUCGCUCAUAAGUUAGGAAUUAGAGAUUGUCUAUGGCAGCUUGGAAGUGGAAACAUCACAAACGCAGUGAAGUACGUGGAAGAUUUGCGAGCACUACAGUUAAUCGUGAAAGCCUUCAACUUCUGGGGUAUAGUUGCUGCUGAUGUUAAUCCAACGACAGCAGGUGUCGAGCAGGCUCGAUACUUCAACCUGAACGUGGACGAUAUUGCCGAUGCUAUUGCUGUUAGUUUCGAACCUUCAUCGGAUGACCUUCGCCUGCAAGAGUUUGUACUGCAGCGGGAAGCUUACAUCAAAGGACCCGCGCGAUCGCAUCUUCCGGUGUGGUUGGACGCGAAACUACCUUCAAGUUUGGGUCCCAAUGGCACCUGUGAGCAAACGUGCCUCCAGGAAGGUCUUCAGUAUGCCACUCUUCUAGGUGAUGCAGCCCGCAACGGCUUCGAUGCCGUCUUCAAGUCUCUAACUCGCGAAGAGAUCCAAUCCUACGGAUUAAAUUAUCUAAUCGCGCUUUUACAUAGAACAACGAUCGGCGCCAAAGUCUUCGAUGUUCGCCAAACGCCCCAAGAGGGAACCCAUAUCUACGCUUACUGUAGUCGUAGCGGAAACGGAUCCAUAACGGUAAUGGCCAGCAAUUAUCUACCAAACGCCAUCGAGUUCGACGUUAAGCUUUUCGUCAAGGAUCACUCCGCCGAUGUGCAACAGUACGUUCUGACUGUAGUCGACGGGCAGGUUCUGAUAAACGAUCAAGUCUACGAGUUUGAGUCCAGUCCGGAACCCCUUAAGAAGGUUCAACCUUUGCUAAAAGACUUCCGUCUCGAAAUGCCUGCCCAAUCGGUCGGAUUCUGGAUCAUCCCGAAUCUCAGCCUGCGAGAGUGCUACGACGACUACCAGGAAAUGCGCUACAAGUACGCUAGAAGCAUCGAUGAGGUAGAAAGUACAGUCGAUCAACUGCUGCAGGAGCUGAUUGCAGAGCGAGCCAAACAGGAUAUCACUCAGUUCAGUCGCCGGAAACGCUCGAUUACCAAUGAUCUGCAGGAGUUGUUGGCUGGAAAAUUGAAGAACGAAACCCACAAAAAGGAGAUCAAGGCUACGGCUAGACAACCAAGGCAGACGAAAACCUAUCGUCGCAAACAGCAGCUGGUUGGCAAAAAGGAAAAACGCAUGGAACAGCGAAAUUUGAAAAGGCAAAAGCGACCGCUACGUGAAAGAGGAAAACGCCAGCUACGCAAACGAACCCGUCGCAUCAAUCGGUUCCUUCCGAUGGUUGCGGCGAGCAAGAAGACAAAACGAUCCUUCCUGGCAGAAGACCGACAACAGACUCCUGUAUUCGGCAAUAGCCGAGAGGAGGAAGCUAAUCGGUCUAGCUUUCCCCAAGGAGAUGUACACUUGGUGAUUUCGAAGGGAACUUUCGACGAGGAUGCUACCAUUGAAAGCAUUCCCACAAGAGCAAGACGUCCGAAGAAGGCUAGAAACGGGAAGUCAUCAUCCAUGGUAAGGAUACCUUCGGAGGAAGAACUGAAAUUCAUUGUGCCAGAACUAGUGCCGGAGAGACGUGCUGAAGUCCCUAAAUGGCAGCCAUCCCUGGAACUAAACAUGGCGGGAUCAAUCAAAACGAAUCUCUACGCACCCUCGGAAGCACCCCGAGGUUAUUCUAGUAGACAGAACUCGAACUACGGCAACGCAGUUGAGGUGCAGGAUAUUAAGGUGAUUGAACCGAGCUUGGGAGCUGUUCGAAGAGCUAUGGAAUCGACGACUAAUCGGCAGGUGACCGAACGGGCUGUGGAGGUUACGGAAAGCUACUAUCAAGAACCAGCGGAGGAAAUUUUGGACAGUCGAAAGUUAGGUGUAAUUUCUGUUGUCGAACCAAUACAAACAAGUGCGGAGAGAGUUGAGGAACAACACGUCAAUCAAUUGUCGGAACCAUCCGAGCUUAAUCUUUCUCUGAUGCCCGAGGGAUCUGAAGAAGUUGCCCACGUGCAAGAGUUCUCCGAUCGGAGGAAGCGAUCCGUGUACUCGGAUGAGGUCGAUCGCAUCGAAACAUUCCACCAGAACAACACUAAAUGGCAGCAGCGAUUCGCAGAGCUCUUCGAUAUGCUGCUUGAUUCGAUCUGUGAUGGUGAACCGGGUAAACAUACUGUUCGGGCAGAACGGGAGGAAGUUUCCGAGCAACAGCUGCAGCGAUCCAAGCGAAACGCCCUGCUGCAUCCACAAUCCUGGGAGUCAAUCGAAAAAUCCAACAAACUGGAACAAAGACAACGCGCAUCGGAGGAGGAUUCCCGGGAGAACAUGGUACCCGUGGAACCGAUAGAUAAGGCACGCGGAAACGUUCGACGAAAUUCGGAGGUUCACCGGGGUACUACUACGACUACUACCGGUAAACCUGCCGCAGCGGAUGACGUUGGACGACCUGGUGCGAUGGUACUGCGGACGGUAACCAAUUUGGUGAAAGGUUUUACGACUGAGUUUCAUCGGAUGUUUUCAAGCUGGUUCCCUCCACGAACCGCGACUGAGUAGGAUAAGGGUUAGUGGUACGACCGGAAAGUGAUAGGAGUAAGGCGUGCUUGUU